UCUUGGUCAAUGUUGAUUGAACUCGUAUUUCUAGUGGUUUUGUCUGCUAUUUUGAUAGACCAUAGCUCAAUGGGAUCCAAGCUUCAAGUAUCCUUAGACUAUCUCAUCCCAAUCAUCAACCAUUGGGAUUUCGAUGCCACCCCAAUAAUAGUUGGGGUGAUGGGGCCUCAAGGUUCUGGCAAAUCGUAUCUCUCUUCCCACUUAUCUGCCUCACUAACUGACCUGUAUCCUCAUCUACACACCAUAACUAUAUCGAGCGAUGACCUAUAUCUUACUCACGAGAAACAGUUGUCUCUCAUCAAUGACUAUCCAAAUAACCAGUUGAUCACAUCGGGAAGAGGUUUGCCAGGAACCCAUGAUAUCCCUCUUCUCAAAGAUAUCUUCAGCAAAGUCAUUGAAAGAAACACAAACUACAGCAUACCAACGUAUGACAAGUCAAAGAACCAAGGAAAGGGCGAUAGGUCUUCAACUGACCAAUGGAUAAGGAUUGGCGACAGACCAGUAGAUAUUUUGAUCUUCGAAGGUUGGUUCAAUGGUUUUUUGCCUAUUAAUGACAGAAACGCAUUAUAUCAAAAAUGGGAAACCAGCGAGUUACUCAAUAAACUAGAUUUUGAAAAUGAGAUCGUUUUAAUUGACGGGUUAUUGAAUGAUUAUGUUGAUCUAUGGCACAAUUUCAAUUGCUUCAUCUACUUUGACGUUGAAGACCUCGAGUAUGUUUACAAAUGGAGGAUUCAGCAAGAACAUGAGUUGAUUCAAAUUAAAGGAAUUGGAAUGACUGACUCGCAAGUUAGAAAAUUUGUUGAUAGAUAUAUUCCAGUAUACCUACUAUAUUAUGAUCAAUUAAAGAGAAAUGGAUUUUCUAAUCCACAUUUGCAAACAAAUGUUUUAUUCAAAGAUAAUUUAAAAAUUUCUUUGGGUCCUGAAAGAGAUAUCAUACGUUUCAAAACAUUCUCUUCUCUUCGUUCCAAAUUUUGAAUGGUUUAUAAAAUAAAAAAAAUUAAUUACAUCUUUAUAAGAAAAAAAUAAAUUUAUUAUGCUACAACAGUAUAGUAUAAUUUGUUUAUCAAGAUAACUAGAGCAGUUCAGAUUGCAUCAAAUGAACUAGUUCUCUGUCAGCCCAAUUGACACAAAUUUUUAACUGCUUGCUAGUGAUUCCAAAAUUUAUUAUUAAAUUAUUAAUCAAUGCGUUCUCAAUAAUAAGCAAAUCCUCAUUAGAAACAGGACUGCAAUUUUUUAAUGUAUUUACAGAUUGAGAAAAAAUCUGGAAAGCGGUUUCAACAUUUUUAAUCUCAUUAAAGUUAUUUUCAUUAUUAUUAUUAUUUUUACUAUUAUUAUUUUUCUGCUUUUUUUUAAGAGGUUCAUUUUCAGCUUUUCCAAUUUUUUUAAAAGAAUCAAAAUUAUCGAAAUC